GCUGGCUCAGCUACAUUGCCACCAUUGAUGCAUCAUCAUCAGGAGCUCAGCUUAGUCCAUUAAUUGUCAGCACAGUACAGUAAUGGCUACCCCCGGCCAGGAGAAGGUUGACCAUGGCGUCAAGAUUGACUCUAAUCUCAUUCCUACAGUGUCUGGUGAUGAUGACCUGAGUGGUCUCGGUGUCAGUGUGUAUAAUCAAGAGGACUUUGAGGCUGCUGUACUGAGGCAGAUAGACACUGAGGUACAGAGGAGAAACGCUGACCAGGCAAAGGCUUUCCUCGUUAAGCAGUACAACAACGUCCAAUCAGAACUCAGGACUGUACAAGCUGAGUUGAAGACCAUCUCCAAGGGGAUAGCGGUACUCUUGUCUCAACCCCUCUCUCAUGUUGUGCUCAAGCUGAGGGAGUUGCGGGCCAGUCAGGAGGUCAAGAGAAAGCAGAUAUCAUCCUUACAAGCUAGAGAGCAGACCUUCCUAAGGAAACUGUCAGGCAAAGAAGAUCCUCUCAGUUCUAUCGAUGUGGUUAGUACCCUCGGCCAAACAACAGAGGCCAUCUCCUCUGAAAGACAAAGACUGAUAGAAACUGGACAAAUCACGCCAUUCGAUACUCUCACAUCAUCAUCAUUACAACCUUCUCAAUCAACAAUCUCCUCCAUUGAUAAUUCACCAACUAUUCAGCCAUCAACCACCACUAACUCAAGACUGGAUGCAAUCACACCUGACUCCCUCACAGGGCCAUCAUCAUCCAACACAACAACUUGGGGAGUGAAGCCACAACGCAUCUCUCCCACACUUCAACUCAGCACUGCUAGCUUUGAUGGCCUCUUCUCUCAAUCAACUCCCUCAGCAAACACUGCCAAGAAAGCCACUGGCAAAAGCCGUAAUGGUAAGAACAAAGCCAAGCCUUCGCCCUCUCUUGAUUCCAGAAGCAGUUCAAGUGUGUCCAUAGCAUCAGGAGCAAGUACACCGAUCCCUGCUGAUCUCCCUGGAGGCUCUUAUAUGGUGAACACCUCCUCCACAGUUCCCACACAGACAGGAAAUGAGGCCACACCCUUUAGCAGAGAGGAUAUGGAAGAAUGGAUGCCAACAAUCCAAGAACUGGAAAAUUUUGACUCCGAAGAAAGUGCUGAGAGUGAGUACUACACUGAUGAUGAGUUAGGUGGUGGUCCGCCUAAACGCAAGCGCCGCCUCAGAGCAUUGUCUAGUGAUGAUAUGGAUAGUGGUGAUGACGGUACAAAGAGGAAGAAGGGGCGUGGCAGUGGGCGGGGCAAGAGGGCUUGUACUGACUCAGCAGAUCAACGGAAGCAUCUUGAUGACGGUGAUGAACAGCUGUACAAGAUGAGAAUAAGUGAGGUGUGUAGAGUGGAGCCUUGUGAGGAGGAUAUGGUGUUUAAUGGUGGCCUCAGAAUACCUGCUGUUAUCUGGAGGAGACUGUACAGGUACCAACAGACUGGAGUGAAGUGGCUGUGGGAGUUGCACUGUCAGCAGGCUGGAGGGAUAGUGGGCGAUGAGAUGGGACUGGGCAAGACCAUUGAAAUGAUAGCCUUCCUCACUGGCCUGCAAGUCAGUAACCUGCGGAGUCACACCACAAGGGAGCUUGGAUUAGGGCCGUGUCUGGUUGUGUGCCCUGCCACUGUGAUGCAUCAGUGGGUGUCUGAGUUCCAUUCUUGGUGGGCCCCAUUCCGUGUGGCAGUCCUCCAUGAAACAGGAACCUUCUCUGGAGACAGGCACAUUCUUGUGGAGAGAAUCGUGAAAGAGUGCGGAGUCCUGGUAACCACGUACGCUGGUAUCAGGAUAUAUCAAGACCUCCUCCUCAAACACAAGUGGGACUACCUUGUAUUGGACGAGGGACACAAGAUACGCAAUCCUGACGCUGAAAUAACCCUCGCCUGCAAACAGUUUCCCACCCCUCAUCGCAUCAUCCUCUCUGGGUCACCAAUGCAAAACAACCUUCGAGAGUUGUGGUCUUUGUUUGAUUUCGUGUUCCCUGGCAAGUUGGGCACUCUGCCAGUGUUCCUGGAGCAGUUCUCAGUGCCCAUCAUCAUGGGAGGCUAUGUCAAUGCCACUGAGGUACAGGUACAGACUGCAUACAGAUGUGCUUGUGUUCUGAGAGACACUAUUAAUCCUUAUCUCUUGCGGAGGAUGAAGGCGGACGUCAAGAUACAACUACCUGAUAAGAAUGAACAAGUGUUAUUCUGUCACCUGACAGACUAUCAACACGAGGUGUACAGUGACUACCUCAAGGGGUCAGAGGUCGAGAGAGCACUGUCCGGGAGGAAACAGGUGUUCUCUGCUCUGACGACACUGCGUAAGCUAUGCAAUCAUCCUGACCUGGUUACCAAUGACUACAGCGAGCAGGUGACUCUCAGUGGUGGCAACAAAAAGAAAAAAAAAGCAUCUCAAAUUGCAGACACCCCCAAAGCCAACAUCAAAAAGCUGCUGCCCGCCCCCUCCAAGAGUGGAGAGGAUGUGUAUGGCUACUACAAACGCUCUGGCAAGAUGAUAGUGAUUCACUCUCUGCUGCGUCUGUGGCAGGGCCAGGGACACAGAGUGCUCCUCUUCUCGCAGUCUAAGCUCAUGUUGGACAUAUUGGAGAGUUUUGUGUGUACGGAGGGCUACACACACGUGAGGAUGGAUGGGGGAACACCAGUCGCAGCAAGGCAGCCACUUGUCAACAGGUUUAACCAGGAUUCAUCAAUAUUCGUGUUCCUGCUGACGACACGAGUGGGUGGUCUGGGGGUUAAUCUGACGGGGGCUAACAGAGUGAUCCUGUAUGAUCCAGACUGGAACCCAUCCACUGAUACCCAGGCCAGGGAGAGGGCGUGGCGUAUUGGACAAACACGUCAUGUGACUGUCUAUCGUCUCCUCACCUCUGGCACCAUCGAGGAGAAGAUCUAUCACAGACAAAUCUUCAAACAGUUUCUAACGAAUCGAGUGCUCAAAGAUCCUCGCCAGCGAAGAUUCUUCAAAACUAACGAUAUCUACGAUCUCUUCACGCUUGACUCGACUGCCAAGGACGGUACUACAGAAACCAGCGCCCUAUUUGCUGGCACGGGGUCAGAGGUCACUCCUAAGAAGUCUAGGAAACGAAGUGAAAGGAAGAGCAGUAAAAAAGUGAAAAAAAGGAAAACUUCAGUUUCGAGAAAACGCUCAAGUUGUUCGGCUAAAGAUUUGACUACCUCACCAGCUAUAUUACAGACUGCUAGUGGAGUGUCUACUGGUGAGGUUAUGGACAUAAGUGGUAGUGGAUUGGAUGGUGGGUCUGUAGCGGUGGAUGAGCCACAUGUUCUGACAGCACCAGAUGAUGACGUUGUGGUUGUAAAAAGAAAGAAGAGAAAGCACAAGAGUCGGAGGGGUGUGGUUGAUGGGUGUGAGGUGGAGGGGCUGGAGCACACGUGUGUGUACCAGCCAGGUAGUGGCGAUGAGGGGAGCAAUCAGAAGCAGGACGACUUUAUACUCAAGAAACUAUUCAAGAAGACAGGAGUGCACAGUGCCAUGCAGCAUGAUGUCAUCAUGAACAGUGCUGAUCCUGACUAUAUGCUAGUGGAGGCUGAGGCUAGUAAGGUUGCCAAGAGUGCAGUCAAGGCAAUGAAGGCAUCACGUCGGCAAUGUCACAACAGUAUAAGAUGGGGCAGGCCCACCUGGACAGGCAGCUCUGGAGUAGCUGGUGCCCCGGGACUCAGGUUCGGGGAUGGUUCUGGAGCCGUGGGUACUCAAGCUAAGAAGACACACUUUGAUGGUGAGGAAGCUGGUACAUCCGUGAGUCAGCCAUCACUAAAGGGAUCACUUCAAACCUCAUCUAGUCUGCUCUUGGCUAAAAUGAGAUCAAGAAAUGCCAACACUGCCAUCACAGAUAACAGGAGUGAUGUCAACAGAGAGGUGCAAGCGUCUGGUCUCCAUGGUGGCCAACAUAGCGACCUACUCCAGGAAAUGAGGGACUUCAUAGCCACGCAAUGCAAGGUUGAUGGACAAGCCUCCACUGCAGAGAUUCUGGCCCAGUUUUCAUCUCGCUUGCCCCAAGGAGACACUGCUUUAUUCCGAUCUCUACUCCGUGAAAUAUGUGACUUUUCAAGACACCUAGGCGAUGGAUUGUGGUCUCUGAAACCAGAGUUUAGGUAGCGAGUGAACUUUGUCGUUAUUUUAUUGGUUUGAGGAAUACUCGUGAUUGUCAUGAUUGUCGUAUAUCAUUAAUUAUUUUGUGAAUAAUGAUUGUUGAAGAUUUCUGAUAAAAUGUGGUAAAAGUAUUUUAUUGUAGUAAUUAUUCGAGAUUUUACGGUACACUUAUUGGAGAUUUUACGGGGUAAAAAAGAUGGGUGGGGCUGCUGCUAUGUUGCAACUGACUGUACACAAUCAAUACUACUAGUACUCCAGAAGCCACUAGCCAAGCCGGUACUAAGCUAGCUCUCUGAAUGCAAGGUCGCAGUGCUCAGUACAGUGCAGGGCCUGUAGGCCCACCCCCCAAGCCUCCCCCCAGGAGAGUCGGAGGUUCAUCCCCUCAUCAUUCUCCCAGGAAAGGAGAGGGCCAAUCCCCUCGGCCCACCCCUCCCAGGAUAGGAGAGGGUCUAUCGCUUGAGGUCACUCCUCAGCAUUACCAGCCAGCAGUGCAAGCAUCAAUUAGUAUUAAAGAUGAGGAGUACCGGAAAGCUGCACGGAAAGUAUCUCAUCGUGUGCAGUACAACUGUAUUGCAAAGACACUUGAGCUUGGACUAAUCCUACUGCUCAUUGUUGUAGUUGUUCUUGUGAUUGUGGCUGGGAGUCUGUAGUCUGUGUCCAUGUCUGUUUUAUGUGCAUACUAACUAUGAUUUAUAUGAUUGUAUGUGGUCAUAUUAAUUAAUAUAGAUCUAGAGCGCAAAGAUCGAGGCGAUUAAUUUCUAGCAGAAAAGGAAACUCAUUCAUCAUUACUGCUGUAUUGUGAGUGCAGUAUCUUGAGUACAGGUCUAGUGAGUCACAGUGAAAUGCAUGAGGGGCCUGCCAGGAGCUUAGGAGGUGAAGCCAUAGUUAGUAUAGGUAAUGAAUAUCAUUACAAUAAAUGCAGGAGCAUUUGGGAUGUGGUUAGUUUCGCGCAUGCCCAUUGCAGCUAGCUACCUUAUCUGGAUUUGUCUCUGCUACAUCUCUUUCACUUGUCUCUGUCAACGUGGAUAGUAUGGACGUGCACAUGAAAGAUUUCCCCCCAGAGGAGGAGGGCUACUCGCAGCCCCCUGCCUACUCUGGUAGGAAAGACGGAUACACAAAUGUCCCCCAGAGAGAUUAUCGCCCCCCCUCAGGUUAUAGCGCCCCCUCCAGUUACCCCCCUUCCAGCUAUGCUCCGGCCCCCCCAGUCUUCCAGCAGCAGACCAGCAAUAACAAUGUGGUGGUGGUAGGCAACCAGCCCAGUGCCCCUCAGUCAGUGGUGCACGUGAUGGCCCCCCGUGCCUCCUCCUAUAUCUGGUUGACUGCUGUCAUGAUGGUACUCUGCUGUCUCCAUGCCAAUGUCCCUGGUAUCAUCCUCUUCAUAAUACCAGCUCUCAUCUGUGCUUGUGUUGCCCAAGACAACAACAGUGCCGGUGACUAUGAGGGUGCCAGGUCUUGUGGUAUGGCUGCCCUGUGCUGCAACAUUGUGGCCAUGGUCUACUUUGUCCUCCUAGUCCUGGCAGGAGUUGCUGGAGUACUAGUCUACUUCCUCUACAUCGUUCCACAUAUCAAUGACUUCAGCCCUGCAACUGUGUGCUGUGCCUAUAAUUAUUAUAGUCACUGCACUCGCUACUGCACCAUAUAGAUCGAGCCCUGAAACUGAAACUCAUUAGUACAGUUGCUGCGUUUAUCAAUAGCUGUACAGUAGUAGCUUUGAUUAGUGUAAGCUGAUGUAGAUUGUUGAUGUUUAUAUACGCCCACUAGAUCUAUCUUGUUAUGAUUAUUAUCAGUAUA